UGUUCUUCUCACUUCUGUCCAUCUUGGUCCAUCAUCCCUCCCUCUUUCUCCCCCUGUCUGUCGGGUUGUGGUAUAUAUGAUUGAUUCGGGGGAGGAUGUUGAAGUUUCGCGUGGACAGGAGGGCGAGUCAUCAUGAUCCUAAUGGGCCAGCAGGGCAAGCAGUGAGCCAGAUCCAUCUGGAGGAGUCCUCAUCAAUCCACACAUACCUCCAGAGUUGGGACUUGGAUAUGAAUGGGAAGGUGGGAGGCAAACCUGCUCGAGCCAACACUGAUGUGAAUGCAAACCCCAACAGCACUAAGAUGGUGUCUGAUGUGACCCCUGAGGCCCAGCCUUACACACAGCCUUCUCGGAGUUCGAGAAAAGCGGCUUCUUUUGGGAAGCGCUCCAACUCCAUGAGACGAAACCCCAAGGCUGAGGUUACCAAACAGGGAUGGCUUUACAAACAGGCCAGCAGUGGAGUCAAGCAGUGGAACAAAAGAUGGUUUGUUCUCGCGGACCGAUGCCUGUUCUACUACAAAGAUGACAAAGAAGAUACGGUGUUGGGGAGCCUGCCGCUGCUGAGUUUCCAGAUCGGAGGGGUCCAGCCCUUGGAUAACAUCACCCGGAAGUACUCCUUUAAGGCUGAACACGCAGGGACAAGGACCUACUAUUUCAGCGCAGACAGCAAAGAGGAACAGGAAGAGUGGAUCAAGGUUAUGAGCAACGCUGCACAAGUAAAUCUCCAGCUAACCGAGAGGACAAACUCAGAGAGCGUCACCACUACUAGUGAUCCAGACCAUAUGAUGGUAAACAAAGCCCCAGACACAGACACGCAGCAGCAUCCACAGACAAACACACACAUCCACAACAACAACAACGCAGACAGCAACCGACCCCCCAAACCUGAACUCAACGGGGUUGACAGCACAGAAACACCCUCUCCCUCCACCCCCAACAUGGACCAGGAGGGAAGGAUGAGAGAGGGCAAAACAGGAGGUGGCCAGAGAGACACAGACAGAGACAAGGGUGGCCCCUGCCCAGGCUCCAGCCACACUCCUCGUUCCAACCACCAACCGAAUGGAGGGGGUUACAAUGUAUACAAUGGCCCACCCCUCCAUAACAGUGCUCCUGGAAGUCACAGUAAUGAUCACCCACCUCAGGGUCAUCCAAAAGGGGGUGGUGUACCGCAGAGUACCAGGGAACAUCCGGACAAUGUGGUGCUCAGGAGGGGGUUUGUGCCCAGGACGGCUCCUGAGAGGCUCGCCCAAAGGAAGAGCUCCAUGACACAGCUUCAGCAGUGGGUCAACCAGCGGCGUGGUAUGGCUGCACAAGAAGACAUGAACAGCCCCUCUCACUACUACACAGUAAACCGGGGUGUUUCGGCUGACUACUAUGGCGUCUACCCUGGUGGUCCUCAGUAUGUGGAGGAAUUCCCUCUCUAUCCUCCAGGGGUUCGCCCUGACAGUAUCUGCUCCAUUUCGGCUGUGGGAGGUUAUGAUCGUCACUGGACAGUGGAGGAGAAGCGCAGGUCAUUGAGGGAUGGGCCUCCUCCACUCUAUGGGCCCCCGAUGUCCAGAGACUCCUGGGGGCCCCAGUACUAUAACGAGGGCCCCAUGGAAAUGGCCCAGGCCUCCAUGAGGCGUCUGUCCAUCCAGCCACGCUCCAGGUCUGUACCUAGGUCCCCUGCAACAUCCAGGGGGCCCUACUCACCGGGGCCACACAACUUCACUUCUCCGGCACGCUCACUCUCAGCACGCUUUGACCGUGUGCCAGGGAGGAUGAGGGAGGAUGUGAUCUAUGCCGAUCCAUCCGUCUAUGGCCUGAGACGAUCCUACAGCUCACCCAAGUAUGACUACUCUGGUGAUAGGAGAUCCCUAAGCCAAGGAGUAUACCACUACAAUUACCCAGCAUCCCCCUCUUUCCACAACAAAAUGGAGGACAUAUUAGACCUUCAACUCCAGCGCAAUCUGGAGUACCUAGACCAACAGGUGCCUCCCCUCCAUGAUGUCUAUAACAGAGAGCUACAUCCAACACUGAAGCUCAAUGAAAUCGAAACCAGUAAACUUCUGGGACGACUUUGUGAGCAGUGCCGAAUUUUGAAAGACCAGGAGGCAGUAGUCCACCGACUUAGAAUGGACAAGGACAGCCUAGAGGGUGCGCUGGUGGCCACACACCAGGAGAUGGAACUCUACUGCAGCCAGCCCCUGGCCAUGGAUAAACUGCAGUUCAAGAAGGAGACCCUUCAGAAACAGCUCAUCAACAUCAGAGGAGAGCUGUCGCAGGCGUCCAGUGCAUUAACCACCACACGGAUGGAGUUUGAGGCGUUAGAGGACGAGGCCAACGCUAUACAUGGAGACCUGUGGGAGCAACUUAAUGCGGGAGGGCAGAGCGAAUUAGUUCACAGGCACAUCCAGAAAGAAUUCUGGAGGGUCCAGGACGUGUUAGAGGGAUUGCACAAGAGUAAUUCAUCCAGAGGCACUGACACAGCCAAGCACAGAGUGGCCAGCGGUGCGUCCGGCUCCUUUAGUACCAAUAGUCCAGCCAGUCCCCUGAGCUCAGUAAGCCUCACCAGCCCACUCAGUCCUUUCUCCCCAGUGCCCGGCUCCCAGGCCUCCCCCACCAAACAGAUGGGCCCGGAGCCCAAGUUUGGAGAACGGACCAAAAACAGUGAACUGCAGGAUCAGGAGCAGGAGAGACAGUCCAACAUAAAUAAAGUCGGCAUUGUUCCUCCCAGGACCAAGUCACCCACAGAUGAUCCAGACAGCUGCUAUGACGGUGUCCCACGUCGCAAUGGCAAGUUGCUGAACGGAAUCUCCAGGGAGCGUCCAAAGAGUGCGGUGUUCCCGGCGGAGAUGAAGUCCAAGAUGAGCGUUGAGGAGCAGAAUGAGCGUAUUCGCCGAAACCAGAGCAGUUCUGUAAGGGACAAGAGGCGCAGCUUAAACCUUUCCGGUGGCCAGUCUACAUCCAGCUACAAAGUGGUACGCAGGCGGUUGACAGCCCACGAGGUUGAUAUUAAGGAUUUAGAGGCAGCGGUUCGGGGUGAAGGAGUGGAGUCCCCCAGGGAAGAGAUUGCCCGCCUAAGACGUUUACAGAUCGAACCAGACCACUAUGAUGUGGACAUAGGUAAAGAGCUAAUGGCACCAGACAAAGUUCUGAUCCCAGAACGCUACCUGGACAUAGAGGACCGUGCUCCUCUGAGCCCCGAGGAGCAAAAGGAAAAGCAGAAGAAAGUGGAGCGGAUUAAGACCCUCAUUGCAAAAUCAAACCUACAAAAUGUGGUUCCCCUGUUGGAUGGCCCAGUGGAAGGAGGUGGUCAGGCGAACUCAGAGCAACAGCUCCAGGAACAGGAGAAACGCAUUGAAAUGUCCUGUGCCCUCGCCGCUGAGGCCUCACGACGUAGCCGCCUGCUAUCAGCCCAGUGCGUCCCAAGUCCCCCCAACUCCCCGAUAAGCCUGGCCCCUUCCCCCUCCUCUGCUGACCUCCCCAAGUCUGCCCACACCAUGAAGGUGUGAGUCUGUAAAUAAAGCUCAAGCCCUGGCUGCUGUCAAGUUUGAUGGAGCGUCUUUCUGAGGAUUCAUUGGACAUUUAAACGUGGAAGAUGACCCCAAAGAACUGUUUGAUUUCAUACCCAGCCUGGAAUAACACAAGCAUGGGACAAUGUGAAGAGAAGACCCCCCGGAGGGCCGUGAUGUGAGGAGGUCGAAAACCCACAUGAACAGACAGAGUCAGAAUUCAUUUCUUCCAACUCCAAUAUCACAGUAUGCCACCCACACUUCUACUUUUCUUCAGCUGAUAACUACAGAUGAGUGGUUUCUGUCUUUGAAUUCACAUUGCUAACACGACAGUCGCCCUAGCUGUGUGCACAGUGGCACGUCUCCAGAGAUCUUACCAGCUUCGAGUUGCGAUAUAAUAUUUCUGUAUAAGAGCUCAGGACAUUACCCACCAAGUAGAGAUUACUGACUGACAACAAAGAUGGUGUACGCUAUGACUAAAAGUCACAGAAAACGCUUAAAUGGGGGAGGGGGGGCAGGCAAUUAGUAUGUGAAGCACGUGGUCAAAAUGUAGAGGACAAAGAGCUGCAGGGAUGACAUAAGGGAACCAGGUCCGGAUAGGAGGCUAAAGGAAUAUCAUAGUGGUUUAGAAAUAUAUAACAAGCUGUUUUCUUAAACCAUAUAUGGGAUCCAAAGGUAUUUCUUGACUCAAAAACCCCGAGGAGUGGUCCUGUCUUUCAAAGCACCUCAGUGCCCCUGUCGACUUCCAUCUUCAAAUCAUUGCUGUAAACUUUGUUAAAGUCGGACCGAAAUUAAAGCACUGGUAUUUCCCAAUAUCGCUUGAUACUUAAAUUAUCAUACAUUUUCUACUGGAAAAAAAAGGUAUAAAAGAUAAAUUCAGUUUUUCUCUUUUUGAAAGAGCUCCCCCUAGUUUAGCCUCUCUCUGCCGAUCUUUUUUUCUCAUGCUCAUGAUGUCAUCAGAUGCACUUAUUUACAUAUAGCCAAUCAGAUCACAUUAACAAAUUAUUAAACCCCACCCACCUGUACUGCCAAUGCUUGCUUGUACUUAUCACUCAAAGGUUAUCCUGAAUAUUAAUGAGGACUAGACCAUGCCCCAACAGCGCUUGAGACAACUGAGAACAGUUAUAGAUAAAAGUAUAAAUAAACCAAUAGUCGUUUACAAUAUCUUAUUUUGAGAUUUAUUUUUUUCCGCUGGGUUCAAGAUUUUGUGAAAAGUUAAAACUGAUUACCGAUUUCAGUCCGACUUUAAAUCACCGAUGGUCUGUGAUUCUGUCAGGGCCAAAUGCCACUGACAUAAAGAAAAGUGUUGUUUCACUUGCCCACACCAGCACACGAUUCAUACUUAGAAUUACAAUAAGCUUAGUACACAAAAGCACACUCUUUCACUGCUCGCAAAAAAAAGAGGAAUCUCCUAUUGAAAGCACUGUGAUGCCUAAUUUAUGCCAGCCCUCGACUCCUGAUCAUCUCAUAUCCUACAAAUGCAGCUUUUCCAAGACCCAUAUGUUGAAUUAGAGGGGGCCCUUUGACCUCACCAAGAAACACUUGUCCCAGUACUUGAAUUUGAUUUAACUGGACCUUUUUCAUGCAUACCAUCAAAUUUACUGGACUUAAUAGUCCUUACAUCAUGACUUCUGUGUUUGCCCAAGCAUUCAGUAUAGGUAAAGCGUGUUGAAUAUGUAUUUAUAAAUGGUAUAUAGAAUGUGAAAAGGUGUAAAUGAAAAUAGAAGUGACCUUAGAAGUGUGAGUAUCCUAGCUUGAAAAGUCUAGUUUGUUGUCAGGUCGGGCCAGUAGCUCAUGGUGCAGUUAUUUCAUAGUAGUUAUAUGAAGGUAUGGUACAUAUACAGACAUACCAUCGUAUCAUCCAGUGCCAUAAGUUUGAACCUUAUAUAUAACCUUAUAUAUGUUUGUGGACAUGGUGUUAGUGUCAAUUUCUAAAGGUGUGGAAUCAAUCUGCAUAUCAGUACUUUAUUUCUGACUUAAAUUUGGAGGAUGUUCAACUGUGUUGAUUUAAAAAAAAAAAAAAAACUUCAACCCAAAUGCUCUGCUUGCUCCCCUCCCAACCCAAAUUAAGGGUCCUUAUUUCAGUUCAAGCCAGUUGAGUAAAAAAAAAAAAAAAAAACAUUUUAUUUAAGCUUAAUUUAUUCCUUAAAAUACUAAGCAAAUCUUGGUUGGUUUAUGUUGAAUGCAUAAGGGUCUUCCCCCACAUAACAUGGUUCUGUAUUAUAAAGAGGUGCACCAAAAGUUAAACGGUCUGGCACAUUUGAUGUUACGGGUGCCAGCGGCUGCAUUUACAUCCUUUUGCAAGUAUAUGUUGAUAAAUGAUUUCCCGCAAGUGAUGUUCCACAGCCCAGAGUACUGGUAAAGCCCAACGUGUCACACUCCCCUUAUUCUGCCAGAGGCCCGUGUGUACAGACCGAGCCUCCCGAUAAGGGAGACCGGUUGCCAAGUCAGAUUUCAGCUCUCUGGCAUCUGAGCAGUCUUAUUCCUUUCCCUCCCGUCUGUUCCAGUCUGUCCUUGUUCUUCGCCGUCUUCAGUUUUCCCCUCCCACAUCUCAUUGUCAGUGUGGCCCAGGUUAAGAUGUGGAAGGUGUUGUCUGUGUAUAAGGAUAUCCACACUCACCAUACAGAGCUGGUAUGUUAAGUAGCAGAUGAACAAAAAGGAGUUUGUAUACGCAAAAAGCAGAUAACGGCUCUCACCGAGCAAGAGAAAACACAUGUCUGAAGAGUAUAUUUCUAUUUUUGCUUGUUUUUUUUUUGCUCGUUUGUUUUUUCAGAAAGGGAAUAGUAAGGCCAAAAGAGGCAGUACAUAUUUUUUUAGACGCAUGGGUACUCCAUGACAAAUACAAAGAUUCAGCUGACAGGUUCAAUUUUUACUCUAUACCACAACGUUUUACAUUUUUCAAUAAUUGAAAAAAGUUGUUAUUGCUAACAUAAUAUAUUUUUUUUUAAUUUACUGCUUUUGAUCAUUGUAUUGAAAGACUAAAAUACAGAUAUUUUUGGAACAAUUGGCAUCGGAUGUGUUGAGAAAUGCGAAAUAGCCAAAAAGCAACGUCCAAUAUCUGAUAAUAAAUGUAGCAUUUAUGGAAUUAAAGAAACAUUUAGCACAUUGGCUAAUGUAAAUAAUAUUUCCAGUUUAGAUUACAGUAUGUCUUAUUAUCAAUAUUAACAGUUGUUACUAUGGGGGAAAAAAUGCUUGAACUAUGCAAACGAUAUAAGAGUAAAAAAUUCUGUGCUUGUUUUAGGAAAACUUUCCAGCAAUAAAGUGAAUGUAUACAAAUAUGUUUCUUUACAUGCCUCUUAACUCCACACAGUAUUUCAUAUGCUAAAAAUCAAGUUUAGCUGUCUGAAGUAAUCAUAUUACUGCUAUUAUUUUGAUGAAAUUAUCAAUUUUGAGUGUCACUGCCAAAAAUGCUGAUACCGCUUAGGUUGGUUCUUCAUGUCUGCUCUUCUUCAUCAGUCUGUUUCUUGAGGAUCUCUUACAGACUUGGUUAAAUCAAACUGUAUGUAUAUCUGAACAAAUAAAGCUGAAAAAGGACUGAGUGGAUUCCUUUUAAACACA